AUGGGGACGACCAAAACGAACGACUCUUUCGCUUUGACGACGUCGGCGACAAAACCAUCGUCCACCGUCGUCCGACAUUUUGUGGGCAACCAAAUCCCUUUGGCCAUUCUCAACGAUCCUAAUCUCGCUCGAGCGGUUAAACCGUUACCGGCAAACUAUUCCUUUGAAAUCCAUAAAACCAUCUGGCGGCUUCGCACCGGGAACGUCUCUCGAUUGGCGUUACAGUUUCCCGAGGGGUUACUCUUGUACGCGACGACGUUGGCGGAUAUAUUCAAAGUUUUCGUUCCUUCGAUAAAAGACGUGGUGAUUCUCGGCGACGUGACGUACGGCGCGUGCUGCGUGGACGACUACGCGGCGACCGCGUUGGGGUGUGAUUUUUUAGUGCAUUACGGACACAGUUGUUUAGUGCCGGUGUCGAUGACGACGUGUAAGACUUUGUACGUGUUCGUGGACAUUUUAUUCGACGAGGAACACUUGGUGCAGUCAAUAAGGAAGAAUUUUCCGAACAGGACGGAUAAGAUUGCGUUAGCGGGAACGAUUCAAUUUGCAUCGGCGAUCGGGAAGGUGCGGGAGACGUUGCGGCCGUUUUACGAGUGCUUCGAUGUCGGGAGGACGAAACCUUUGAGUCCCGGGGAGGUUUUAGGGUGCACCGCGCCAAGUUUAGGAGAUGGAGAGGUCAUGGGAGCGAGAAGUGGAGAUUCAAUGGGAGAAGAAGGAAAGAAGGCGCACGAUGCAAUUGUGUUUGUGGCGGACGGUAGGUUUCAUUUGGAGGCGAUGAUGAUUGCGAAUCCAAACGUGCCGGCGUAUAGAUAUGAUCCGUACGAACGGGUUCUGACGAGAGAGUAUUACGAUCACGUCGGGAUGCAAAACGUGAGAAAGAGCAUGAUUUUACGCGCGAAGAAAGCAAAGAAAUUUGGUUUGAUUUUAGGGACGCUCGGCAGGCAAGGUAAUCCCGCGGUGCUGGCCAGACUGGAGCGGUUGUUCGAGUCCAGGAAUAAAGAAACGGUUGUAUUUUUAAUUUCCGAGAUAUCUCCGGAGCGGAUAGCUUCGCUAAGCGAAAAUGGUGGCAUAGAUGCGUUCGUUCAAGUGGCGUGUCCGAGGUUGAGCAUCGAUUGGGGCGAAGCGUUUAUUGUGCCGGUGCUGACGCCGUACGAAGCGUACAUUUGUUUAGAAGGCGCAGAGGCGUGGGACGACGUGAACACCGUAUUAAGCGAAGGAAAAUAUGAAAAGAAAGAGGUUCCGAGUUAUCCGAUGAAGUAUUACGCUGACGACGGGGGCGAGUGGACGAGCUCGCGGUUCGCGGAGCGACAGAAGAACAUGGGCAAUCGCAGAGACAAACCUUCGGUGCGACUCGUGGUGAGUUCCGGGAAUUAG